AUGUCGACCCCCAGGCAUUUCCGCCCGCCCAAAUAUGCGCUGGCCUCCGUAGCCAUAUCUCUUGCUGGUCUUUUCAAUGGCUAUGAUACGGGUUCUAUCGGCGCAAUGACGACCAUGGCACAAUUUGAGGCCGUCAUAGGUCGGCUGUCCCCUACGCUUCUUGGCUUCACUGUGUCCCUUGUCAUGCUUGCAGGGGUGGUGCCGUCUUUCUUUGCUGGAUAUCUUGCCGAGCGAUUCGGUCGUUUACGAGUAAUCUUGUGCGGUUCUGUGCUUGUCAUUCUUGGUGCUGUAUUGCAAGGCAGCGCCAACAGUCUGCCGCAGUUUCUCGUUGGACGAGCAUUCAGUGGAUGCGGACAGGGCAUUUUCUUGAGCAAUGUCAGCGUGUAUAUCUGUGAAGUCGCUCCAGCAAAACACCGCGGAAUGCUCGUCGGGUUGCCUCAGUUUCAGGCUGCUACCGGCGUCUGUCUGGGCUACUUCACAUGCUACGGUAGCGUCAAGCUUUCUGGAAGUAUUGCGUGGCGUUUGCCCCUUGCUUUGCAAUCAGUCGUGGGCGCCGCCUUGACAUUGAGCUGCCUAGUCCUACCUGAGAGCCCACGAUGGUUAAUACAACAUGGCAAGACGCAACAAGCUCGCCGCUCAUUGCAAAAGCUGGAGUUUGAUAUGGCCGAGGCAGAGCGUGACUUCCUAACAUCCACACAGGAACGGGUCAGUCUCUCGCUUUGGCAGAGCCUUGCUAUGCUAUUCAAACGAGGUUAUCGCGCCAGGACUAUGCUUGCGUUAUUCAUUCUUGGCAUGGUACAGUUAUCCGGCAUUGAUGGCGUAAUUUAUUAUGCUCCUACCUUGUUCAGCCAAGCCGGACUCACGAGCUCCACGGCAUCGUUCCUAGCAUCUGGAGUAUCUGCUAUUCUGAUGCUUGUAAUCUCCAUUCCCGCCUUCCUGUUCGCCGACAAGUGGGGACGUCGGAUAUCCGCCAUCAGUGGUGGUAUUACCUUAUCAGCAUGCAUGUUUCUAAUAGGCAGCUUGUAUGCAGCUAAUGCGGUUCAUCCUUCAGGCGUGGCACGCUGGGUUGUUAUUGUUAGCGUUUACAUCUUCAGUCUCACAUACUGCGCGACCUGGGGCAUUGUAGGCAAGAUAUAUGCCAGCGAGAUACAGCCAGGACAUACAAGAGCCGCAGCCAAUUCUGUGGCUCAAGCACUAAGUUUUUUUACUAAUUGGAUUGUCGCCAUCUUGACGCCGAUUCUAUUGAAACGGUCUGCUUACAGCGCGUAUUUCCUCUUCGGCGGCCUUGCUCUAGUUACAGUUACAGUUCUAGUGCUUUACAUGCCCGAGACGCGCGGUCGAUCUCUUGAGAAUAUUCAGGAGGCUUUCCAUCGCCCGACAGUAAUUUCGGACGUCACAAGUUGGAUUAGGAGGCGGGGACAAGCGAUCGUCGAGUCUCCUGAACCAAUCCAAUUGACCAACAGGUCUCUGACUAACCAUUCUGCAAGCUCAGUAGCCAGGCCACGGCGAAUUGAGGCUACAAAAUGA